CGGGACGACACGCGUGUGCAUGUCUGUGUAUGCGUGUGCAUGAACGGACAGGCGGGGGCUGGGGGGGGGGGUGCGAGGGGUGCCCCCCGACUCGCUGGGUGCCGCUGAUUGGUCGAGGGGCCGUCCAAAAUUCCCCGGUUGCGAUGGGUCCCACCUCUCCCCGCCGCCGCAUCAUAUAUAAGGGGAGGCGAAGGAGUGGGCAAGGGCAGUAGGAAGUUUCUGCUGGGGUCUGGAUUUGGAGCUCCAGAGUCGGAUCGGCCCCGUAUGACCCCAACCUAAGAACAAAAGAGACCCCAAAGAGUCUACAUGUCUAAUAUUUAGACAUGUUCAGCUUUGUGGAUUCUCGGUUACUGCUGUUGAUAGCAGCGACUGUACUACUCACCCGCGGGCAAGGAGAAGAAGACAUUCAAACUGGAAGCUGCAUACAGGAUGGGCUAACGUACAACGAUAAGGAUGUGUGGAAACCCGAACCCUGCCAGAUCUGCGUCUGCGACAGCGGCAACAUCCUCUGCGAUGAGGUGAUCUGCGAGGACACCUCCGACUGCCCCAACGCCGAGAUCCCCUUCGGAGAGUGCUGCCCCAUCUGUCCCGACACCGACGCCUCCCCUGUCUACCCAGAAAGCGCUGGAGUAGAGGGUCCUAAGGGAGACACCGGCCCCAAAGGAGACAGGGGACUCCCCGGCCCCCCUGGCAGAGAUGGCAUCCCUGGACAGCCUGGCCUCCCGGGACCCCCAGGCCCUCCAGGUCCUCCAGGCCUCGGCGGAAACUUCGCUCCUCAAAUGUCUUAUGGCUACGACGAGAAAGCCGGUGGCAUGGCCGUGCCCGGCCCCAUGGGUCCAGCUGGUCCCCGCGGUCUCCCCGGUCCUCCUGGUGCUCCUGGUCCUCAAGGUUUCCAAGGUCCCCCUGGUGAACCCGGAGAGCCUGGUGCUUCUGGUCCCAUGGGUCCCCGUGGUCCAGCCGGCCCCCCUGGCAAGAACGGAGAUGACGGUGAAGCUGGAAAGCCCGGCCGUCCCGGAGAGCGCGGUCCCCCCGGUCCCCAGGGUGCACGUGGUCUCCCAGGAACCGCCGGUCUGCCGGGCAUGAAGGGUCACAGAGGCUUCAGUGGUCUGGAUGGUGCCAAGGGUGAGCCCGGUCCUGCUGGCCCCAAGGGUGAGCCUGGCAGCCCCGGAGAGAACGGUGCUCCUGGGCAGAUGGGUCCUCGUGGGCUUCCCGGCGAGAGAGGCCGUCCCGGUCCAUCUGGCCCCGCUGGUGCUCGUGGUAACGACGGUGCUCCUGGUGCUGCUGGUCCUCCCGGUCCAACUGGCCCUGCUGGUCCCCCCGGCUUCCCCGGUGCUGCUGGUGCUAAGGGUGAAACUGGUCCCCAGGGAGCUCGUGGCAGUGAAGGUCCCCAAGGUGCCCGCGGUGAGCCCGGUCCCCCCGGCCCUGCUGGCGCUGCUGGUCCUGCUGGCAACCCCGGUGCUGAUGGUCAACCUGGUGCCAAGGGCGCAACCGGUGCUCCUGGCAUUGCUGGCGCUCCCGGCUUCCCCGGUGCCCGCGGUCCCUCCGGACCCCAGGGUCCCAGCGGUGCCCCCGGUCCCAAGGGUAACAGCGGUGAACCCGGUGCUCCAGGCAACAAGGGAGACACUGGUGCCAAAGGCGAACCCGGUCCCGCUGGUGUCCAAGGCCCCCCCGGCCCAGCUGGCGAAGAAGGCAAGAGAGGAGCUCGUGGUGAGCCCGGCCCCGCUGGGCUUCCCGGCCCCGCCGGCGAACGUGGUGCUCCCGGCAGCCGCGGUUUCCCUGGUGCUGAUGGCAUUGCCGGUCCCAAGGGUCCCCCCGGCGAGCGCGGCUCCCCCGGCCCCGCUGGCCCCAAAGGAUCUCCUGGUGAAGCUGGACGCCCCGGGGAACCCGGCCUCCCUGGUGCCAAGGGUCUGACUGGAAGCCCUGGGAGCCCCGGUCCCGACGGCAAGACUGGCCCCCCCGGUCCCGCUGGUCAAGACGGCCGCCCCGGCCCCCCCGGCCCCCCCGGAGCUAGAGGUCAAGCCGGCGUGAUGGGUUUCCCCGGUCCCAAAGGUGCUGCGGGUGAGCCCGGCAAACCCGGCGAGAGAGGUGCUCCUGGUCCCCCCGGCGCCGUUGGUGCUGCUGGCAAAGAUGGUGAAGCUGGUGCCCAAGGUCCUCCCGGCCCUACCGGUCCCGCUGGAGAAAGAGGUGAACAAGGUCCCGCUGGUGCUCCUGGCUUCCAGGGUCUGCCGGGCCCCGCUGGUCCCCCCGGUGAGGCUGGCAAGCCCGGUGAGCAGGGUGUCCCCGGAGACGCCGGUGCCCCCGGUCCCGCCGGUGCCAGGGGUGAGAGAGGUUUCCCCGGUGAACGCGGCGUCCAAGGCCCCCCCGGUCCCCAAGGUCCUCGUGGUGCUAACGGUGCUCCCGGUAACGAUGGUGCUAAGGGCGAUGCUGGUGCUCCCGGUGCCCCCGGGAACCAAGGCCCCCCCGGUCUGCAGGGUAUGCCCGGAGAGCGUGGUGCUGCCGGCCUGCCAGGCGCCAAGGGUGACAGAGGCGACCCCGGUCCCAAAGGUGCUGACGGCGCUCCUGGCAAAGACGGUCUCCGAGGUCUGACUGGCCCCAUCGGCCCCCCCGGCCCCGCUGGUGCUCCUGGUGACAAGGGUGAAGCUGGUCCCCCCGGUCCUGCUGGUCCCACUGGUGCCCGUGGUGCUCCCGGCGACCGCGGCGAGCCCGGCCCUCCCGGUCCUGCUGGAUUUGCUGGCCCCCCAGGUGCCGAUGGCCAGCCUGGUGCUAAAGGUGAAACUGGUGAUGCUGGAGCCAAGGGUGAUGCCGGUCCCCCCGGCCCUGCUGGCCCCACUGGUGCUCCUGGCCCUGCCGGUGCUGUUGGUGCUCCUGGUCCCAAAGGUGCUCGCGGUAGCGCUGGACCCCCUGGUGCUACUGGUUUCCCUGGUGCUGCUGGAAGAGUUGGUCCCCCCGGCCCCUCCGGGAACAUCGGUCUCCCCGGCCCCCCCGGCCCCAGCGGGAAGGAAGGUGGCAAAGGACCCCGCGGUGAAACCGGCCCCGCUGGCCGCCCCGGUGAGCCUGGCCCUGCUGGCCCCCCCGGCCCCCCCGGCGAGAAGGGUUCUCCUGGCGCUGACGGCCCCAUCGGCGCUCCCGGCACCCCCGGACCCCAAGGUAUCGCUGGCCAGCGCGGUGUCGUCGGCCUCCCCGGACAGAGAGGCGAGAGAGGCUUUCCCGGUCUGCCUGGCCCCUCUGGUGAACCCGGCAAGCAAGGUCCCUCCGGUUCCCCUGGCGAGCGCGGUCCUCCCGGCCCCAUGGGCCCCCCCGGCUUGGCUGGACCCCCCGGUGAAGCUGGACGUGAGGGUGCUCCCGGUGCUGAAGGUGCCCCCGGUCGUGAUGGUGCUGCUGGUCCCAAGGGUGACCGUGGUGAGACUGGCCCUGCUGGCCCCCCUGGUGCUCCCGGUGCCCCCGGUGCCCCCGGCCCCGUCGGUCCUGCUGGCAAGAGUGGAGAUCGCGGUGAGACCGGUCCCCAAGGUCCCGCUGGCCCCGCUGGUCCUGCUGGUGCUCGUGGUCCUGCUGGUCCACAAGGUCCCCGUGGUGACAAAGGUGAAACUGGUGAACAGGGUGACAGAGGCAUGAAGGGUCACAGAGGCUUCUCCGGUCUCCAGGGCCCACCUGGUCCUCCUGGCUCUCCUGGUGAACAAGGUCCUUCUGGUGCUUCUGGUCCCGCCGGUCCAAGAGGUCCUCCCGGCUCCGCUGGUGCUGCCGGCAAAGAUGGUCUCAACGGGCUGCCCGGCCCCAUCGGUCCCCCCGGCCCCCGCGGUCGCACCGGCGACGUCGGCCCCGUCGGUCCCCCUGGCCCACCCGGCCCCCCCGGUCCUCCCGGCCCCCCCAGCGGCGGCUUCGACUUCAGCUUCCUGCCCCAGCCGCCCCAGGAGAAGGCCCACGACGGCGGACGCUACUACCGAGCCGACGAUGCCAACGUGAUGCGCGACCGGGACCUGGAGGUUGACACCACCCUCAAGAGCCUGAGCCAACAGAUCGAGAACAUCCGCAGCCCCGAGGGCACCCGCAAAAACCCUGCCCGUACCUGCCGCGACCUGAAGAUGUGCCACGGCGACUGGAAGAGCGGCGAAUACUGGAUCGACCCCAACCAAGGCUGCAACCUGGAUGCCAUCAAGGUCUACUGUAACAUGGAGACGGGCGAGACGUGCGUCUACCCAACCCAGGCCACCAUCGCCCAGAAGAACUGGUACCUCAGCAAGAACCCCAAGGAGAAGAAGCACAUCUGGUUCGGCGAGACGAUGAGCGACGGCUUCCAGUUCGAGUACGGCGGUGAGGGCUCCAACCCAGCCGACGUCGCCAUCCAGCUGACCUUCCUCCGCCUGAUGUCCACCGAGGCCUCCCAGAACAUCACCUACCACUGCAAGAACAGCGUCGCCUACAUGGACCGGGACACCGGCAACCUGAAGAAGGCCCUUCUCCUCCAAGGCGCCAACGAGAUCGAGAUCAGGGCUGAAGGCAACAGCCGCUUCACCUACGGCGUCACCGAGGACGGCUGCACGAGUCACACCGGCGCUUGGGGCAAGACAGUCAUCGAGUACAAGACGACAAAGACCUCUCGCCUGCCUAUCAUCGAUUUGGCUCCCAUGGACGUUGGCGCUCCAGACCAGGAAUUCGGCAUCGACAUCGGCCCCGUCUGCUUCUUGUAAACUGGACGCCCCACGCGUAACAGGAGAGAGUAAUAAUAAUGAUAAUAAUAAUAAAAAAAAAAAAAAAAACAGCCAAAAAAAAAGGAGAAAAUUU